CAUACAUUAUAUAUAUAUAGCCUCAGGCAUCAACCAUUGAAUUCCAAACCUUGCAAUAAACAUUUUGGAAAUACAACCUCCAACCUGCAGCAAUGGUGCUGCUACCCAUCUUGCAUGUAACCCUCUUGCAAUUAACACUGGCCUCAUUUUCAGCAGCCAUUGAUCCAACACAAGGGUUCACCCAACUCCCAAUAAGCAACUCAAAUUUCCAGGUCCAAAAGCCUUACGAUGUUCCACAAAACCAGCGUUACACCUUCAUAGAUGGGGUUCAUAAAUUCUGGGUGUACUCCACCGACAAGCCUUUCGAACCAUCCAGCACCACCCUGCCACGAACCGAGAUUCGCAUUACGGGAUAUGAUUAUACAUCCGGUGUGUGGCAAUUUGAAGGGGACUUUUACGUGCCGAGUGGAACAAGCGGUGUGAGCAUCAUGCAAGUGUUCGGUGGAAGCUCCUCUGCCACAACGUUGCAGCUUAGGGUGUAUGAUGGUUCUCUUAAGGCUUAUAGGGAUCCUGUUGUGCAGAACAACAUCUAUGAUAGAUGGUUCAGGCUGAAUGUGAUUCAUGAUGUUGGUGCCAACAACGUCAAGGUUUACAUUGAUGGGAAUCUCAAUUUUGAUGGUGAUGGUCGUGGACCCGGUACUUUCUACUUCAAGUUUGGGGUUUAUACUCAGAAUGAUCCUUCCAACUAUAUGGAAUCUCGUUGGAGGGAUAUUAAACUCUUUAGAAAGCAGUAAUAGUACUUGCUUUUAAUUUGGUGUUUACAUUGAAUAAGAAACAAGAACUACUUGUUAUAUAUAUGUUACCCGCUUUGACUAAUAAAUAAUAUAUUAUAUUAUGUAAGUUCCGUUGCUCUUAUACAUAGAAACACGAUGAUUGAUGAUUGAGCAUUGUUGGUAGCUAAGUCCUAAGUGAAAUUUGAACAUCAGGGGAAGGGGAAGGGGAAGGGGCGAAGGCAGGAGAAGAAGCAGAAGCAUCACAGUAGCCACGUAAAUAAUGGGCUUCCUGAAGAGUGAUGCCCAAGGAAGUGAGCAACGCAGGCCAGCAAUUAUGCGUGAUGAGGGUGAUUGCAGAGCAACAUUUGUAGCUAAUAUGAGUGACGCCGCCAUUGCUGAAGUAAAGGAGGAUUUCAUUCGAACAAGAUCUCAGCUCCACCAACGACCUCAAGCAAUCCGCCUGCUCCACUCCUCCUCCGUCCUUUGAUGCCGUUCCGUACACGACAAGACUCAAUACCAUCAACAAAAUUCCCUCUUUCAGACCCAUAUAUGCUGCAAAAUUCGGAUUCACGUUUUUUCCUUUCUUGAGUGCACAUGCAAGAUGGCUUCUCUCAGCAUCUACUUAUAUAACUAUAGUCAACCCUUCGCAUGGAUUGUAACUCCCAACUUUCAGGCUUCAGGGGAAUACAGAAAAGAUCCACUAUGCACAUUACAUAAAUACAUAAUCAAUUGCCUUUAAUUUUCCACUAAUAUGCCACUAUGCCACCUUUCAAUCUUCCAUCCAAUUUAGAAUCAAAUAAAGAUAUUAAAAAUAAAAUCAGCCAAUAUCUAAGGCCAGGUUUCGGUCAAGACAAAUUCAGUUUCAUCAUGUCCAUAAAUAUUGAUGAUACCAUUCC